AUCCGCACCUUCCCCGCGGAGGGCGCCCCGGCCAGCUGUCCCUUAGCCCGAGAAACACCCAGGCUGGGCCGCAGAGGCCGCUUCUCGGAGGGACCCCCUCAACGCUUAAUUGGGGGUGGGGAGAGGAGCGGAGGAAUGCUCUCUGAACUGCCUAGUCUCACCGGCUACCCCAGGGUGGGGGCGCUCCUUGGGGUGCUGUUUAACCAACUCCCUGCCCAUCUAGCCAUGGAACCCCCUUCCAGGAGCUGUCCAGACGGAGACAGUUCCUGAGAGAGCACGCGGCCCCCUUCUCCGCCUUCCUCACUGACAGCUUCGGCCGGCAACACAGCUACCUGCGAAUCUCCCUCACCGAGAAGUGCAACCUCAGAUGUCAGUACUGCAUGCCUGAGGAGGGCGUCCCACUGACCCCCAAGGCUGACCUGCUGACCACAGAGGAGAUCCUGACCCUUGCCCGGCUCUUUGUGAAAGAAGGCGUAGACAAGAUCCGGCUUACUGGGGGAGAGCCGCUCAUUCGGCCGGAUGUGGUGGACAUUGUGGGCUUUUGUCCAGCCUCACCAGGAAUGAGGGGGCUGAUGCCGCCUCCCAUUCUCUCUGCAGCUCAGCUCCACCGGCUGGAAGGGCUGAGGACCAUUGGCAUCACCACCAAUGGUAUCAACCUUGCCCGGCUGCUGCCUCAACUUCAGAAAGCUGGGCUCAGUGCCAUCAACAUCAGCCUGGAUACCCUGGUGCCAGCCAAGUUUGAGUUCAUCGUCCGCAGGAAAGGUUUCCACAAAGUCAUGGAGGGCAUCCACAAGGCCAUCGAGCUGGGCUACAGCCCUGUGAAGGUGAACUGUGUGGUGAUGCGAGGCCUAAAUGAGGAUGAGCUCCUGGACUUUGUGGCCUUGACCGAGGGCCUCCCCCUGGACGUGCGCUUCAUAGAGUACAUGCCCUUCGAUGGCAACAAGUGGAACUUCAAGAAGAUGGUCAGCUACAAGGAGAUGCUGGACACCCUCCGGCAGCAGUGGCCAGAGCUGGAGAAGCUGCCCGAGGAGGAAUCCAGCACAGCCAAGGCCUUUAAAGUCCCUGGUUUCCGAGGCCAGGUCAGCUUCAUCACGUCCAUGUCUGAGCAUUUCUGUGGAACCUGCAACCGGCUGCGAAUCACAGCAGACGGGAACCUCAAGGUCUGCCUCUUCGGGAAUUCAGAGGUGUCUCUACGGGAUCACCUGCGGGCGGGGGCCUCCGAGGAAGAGUUGCUGCAAAUCAUCGGGGCCGCUGUGGGCAGGAAGAAGCGGCAGCAUGCAGGCAUGUUCAGUAUUGCCCAGAUGAAGAACCGGCCCAUGAUCCUCAUCGAGUUACUUUUGAUGCUCCAAGAUUCCCCACCAGCCAUUCCAAGCAUUUCCUCCCAGGACCCCUUUCGUGUUCAGGGUAUAGGACACAGAGUGAGUUUCUCCAACCAGAUGGCGACUUUGUGGAAAGGAUGCCGGGGCCCCCGGACCUCUCUCCUUGCCCAGCGGUGGCUGGGGUCCGGCCCCCCUCAGAGACACUGCAGUUCCCGUCUAGACUCAGAUACCAACCCCAAGUGCCUUAGUGCAGUGUCCCGGGCUCCUGCCACCCCCUCAGGACCCCCGCCAACCUCGGACCAACUAACCCAUGUGGACGCAGAAGGACGGGCAGCUAUGGUAGAUGUGGGCGGGAAGCCGGACACGGAGCGGGUGGCUGUGGCCUCGGCUGUGGUCCUUCUGGGGCCCGUGGCUUUCAAGCUUGUCCAGAAGAACCAGCUAAAGAAGGGAGAUGCCCUGGUGGUGGCCCAGCUGGCCGGAGUCCAGGCCGCCAAGCAGACCAGCCAGCUGAUUCCUCUGUGCCACCACGUGGCCCUGAGCCACGUCGAGGUACAACUGGAGCUGGACAGCACACGCCAUGCCGUGGGGAUCCAGGCGUCUUGCCGGGCUCGGGGCCCCACUGGGGUGGAGAUGGAAGCCUUGACCGCGGCUGCUGUGGCCGCCCUCACCCUGUACGACAUGUGUAAGGCUGUCAGCAGACACAUUGUGUUGGGAGAAAUCAAGCUUAUUAGCAAGACUGGGGGGCAGCGGGGGGACUUCCAUCGGACUUAGCUCUUGCCCCUCCCCCCCGGGCCCAGCCAGGUCGAGAUGGGAUGCAGUUCCGGGCAAAUCCUGCAACCCUGUCACUGUUGACCUUCACCAGUAGGAACUCGAGGUCAGCCUACCCCCUCUACUGCUACAUGAUCGGUAGUGACCUGCAAGGUUUUCUACGUUCAGAGAGGAAACCAGCAGGCCCGUCAGCCUUCCUGGACACUACAGUCGUGGGAGGGGGUCACCACGAGCAGUGCCAAUGAACAGAAAAAUCACGUCAUCUGAAAUGGUCCCCAGAUAACACAUCUAGGUUCAGACAGUCCCGUCCGUGACUUCCGCUUCUCAUUUUGGGUUUUCUCUUCUUCUUCCUUGGGGAGAGAAUAAGGGCUCACGAAGUAGAGGGAACCCGCUUUGAGGAGGGAAAAGUGCAGUUUGCAUUAAGAAUGUUCCACAGCUCCUCCAAAGCAGCUCUGCCUUCCAGAGUUUGUGGAGCCACAGCCCCACCCUUUCUUGCCUGUCACCCCUCUGAAAGGGCCAGUUAGCACCUCCUUUUACCCCAGUCUUUGUCCCAUCAAACUUGCAGGGUUUGGGCUUAACAAUUGCACUUGACCUGCCAGCUCCCUUUCCUGGGCCCCUUCCCCCUAGAACAGGACCCACACGGGCAGCAGCCCUGAGGACUCCUGACCGAGCACACAUCCCACACCUGGCCCUGCACACUGCUGUUCCACCCACCACCCACACCCCUUUAUUCUGGAACAUAUCAGGGAAAGAAGAGAGUUGAAGAUUGCCUUCACCCUCACAGUGCACAAAAUAAAGCCACGAUGCCAACUUUG